GUUUAAUCCUCCUAUUUAACCAAUGCUUUAAACAUGCUUUCUUAACGACCCUCCUCCACUUUCAUCAUUUCCCAAACCUAUAAACAUGUCCAAUUUCCAUUUUCUUUCAUCGGCAUUAAUAUUCUUCCACUGUUUCAUGGUCAUCUACGCCGUGACUACCAGAAACCUCACCACCGAUCAAUCUGUUCUUCUCGAAUUUAAACACCAAAUCAAUGAUCCUCAUGGCAUCCUAGUCGACAACUGGACCACCAGCCACUCUUUCUGUAACUGGAUCGGUGUCACUUGCGGUGCUAAGCAUAACAGAAUCGUAGCUUUGAAUCUUCCCAACAUGAAUCUUGCCGGAACUAUCCCUCCGGAAUUAGGGAACCUCUCGUUCUUAGCCUCUCUUAAUUUGAGUGGCAAUGGAUUCCAUGGCGAUUUGCCGGUAGAGUUGGGGCAACUGAGUCGUCUGAAACUCGUCGACUUAAGCUCCAAUUUCUUUACCGGGGAAAUCCCAUCAUCAUUUGGAAGAUUGAACCAGGUUUCAGACUUGGUUCUCAGCAAUAACAAUCUGACUGGAGCAAUCCCUCCCGAGAUAAGUAAUCUUUUGAAUAUGAGAACACUUGACUUGGAAUCAAACAAGCUUUAUGGGUCUAUACCUUCUUCCAUUUACAACAUUUCUUCAUUGCGAAAGAUUUAUUUAUCCUUGAAUAGUUUAUCUGGUAAAAUCCCAGAUGAUAUGUGCCACCAUCUUUCCAAUUUGGAGGCACUUUACUUGGGCACAAACGAGUUGUCAGGUCAGAUUCCAACAACUAUACAUGAAUGCAGGAAUCUUCAAGGAUUAGCAUUAGAUUACAAUGAGUUGAGUGGCAGCAUUCCCAGGAGUAUUGGAAAUCUAACUGCACUUACAGAGCUAUAUUUGGGUGGAAAUAAUUUAGAAGGUGAGAUCCCUUGGGAAAUUGGAAAUCUGUUGAAUUUGGAGAUAUUUUUCGCUAUGGAUAUGAGGCUUACUGGACUCAUUCCCACAAGCAUCGGCAAUUUAACCUACCUCAAGGAGAUAUAUUUAGGUCCUAAUUUUUUAGAAGGUGAAAUUCCAUGGGAGAUUGGGAAUAUUCAUUCAUUGGAGAUAUUUUCAGCACCAAAUAUGAGCUUAAAUGGGGAGAUUCCACGUUCUAUUCUCAAUGGUUCUUCUUUGACAGCCAUUUAUCUCAUGCUCAAUCAUUUAUCUGGUAAAUUACCAGACAUAAGGUCGGAUUCAAAUCUUGAGGAGCUUCACCUAUGGGGCAACAAUCUUAGUGGAAACAUUCCUGAAUCUAUCUCUAAUGUUUCUAAACUCAGAAACAUCGCAUUGAUGGCAAACUCAUUCUCUGGUCAUAUUCCAAAUAGUCUUGGCAAUCUAACAUUUCUCGAGGAGUUACGCCUUUGGAAGAACAACUUGACCAUUGAAACUAAUUCAAAUGGUGAGUGGAGCUUCUUCGCUUCCUUGCUGAAUUGCAAGUAUCUGAAAGUGUUAGAUUUAUCGGUCAACCCAUUGAAGGGAGUUCUUCCAACUUCCAUCUCCAAUCUCUCCGAAACGCUUCAAGUUUUCUCUUGCGCGGAUUGCAGAAUUGAAGGCACCAUUCCCACGGAAAUCGGUCGCUUGAACAAUGCAAUGAUUUUGGAACUUACCAACAAUGAACUUAUUGGAUCCAUUCCAACAACGAUAGGAGGGCUAACGAAUCUCCAAUACUUGGGUCUUAGUGGAAAUAAGUUGAAAGGCUCCAUCCCACAUGAUCUUUGCGGUUUAAAGGGAUUGUUUGAAUUAUCAUUAGAUGAUAACGAGCUCGAUGGACCUUUACCUCCAUGUUUGGGCGAGUUGACUUCUAUGAGAAAACUACACUUGUCCUUCAACAAGUUGCAUUCAUCAAUACCUUUCAGUUUAUGGAGCUUGAAAGAUAUCUUAGAAGUAGACUUGUCGUCCAACUAUUUCAACGGUUCCCUUCCACUUGAAAUCGGAAAGUUGAGCGUACUACAACACUUGAACUUGUCAAUGAAUUCGUUAUCAAAUGACAUCCCAUCCACAAUUGGAAAUCUUCGUGAUCUGCAAGUUCUAGCCCUUUCAAGUAAUAGGUUUCAAGGCCUUAUCCCUACGUCAUUCGGUGACUUGGUGAGUUUGGAAAGCUUGGAUUUAUCAGACAACAACCUCUCCGGAGUCAUUCCCAGAUCUCUAGAAGGGCUUCGUCACCUCAAUAAUUUUAAUGUGUCUCUGAAUAGAUUGGAAGGGGAGAUACCAAGUGGAGGGCCUUUUGCGAACUUCACAAGCCAAUCAUUCAUGAAAAAUUACGCACUGUGUGGUUCACCUAGAUUACAAGUCUCACCAUGCAAAAGUAACACCCAUCGAAAUUCAAAGAAGACCCUUUUACAUGUUUUGAGGUAUGUUUUACCAAUAGUUGCUUCAAUCAUCACAGUCGUUACCUUAAUAGUUGUCUGCACACCAUUGAAGAAGAAGAGGAAGAGUACAAGCUCCACUACGAUAGAAGAUUCAUUUCCUUUGAAGGAAUGGAAAAGAAUUUCGUAUGAUCAGUUAUCGAAAGCGACCGAUGGAUUUAGCGGAGGAAACAUUCUUGGUUCGGGAAGUUUCGGCACUGUAUAUAAAGGAAUACUUUUUGAUGAGACCGAAGUUGCAAUAAAAGUUUUUAAUUUGCAAAUAGAGGGAGCGUUUAGGAGUUUCGACGUCGAAUGCGAAGUGAUGAGUAAGAUCAUUCAUCGUAAUCUCGUCAAGGUCAUUACUUGUUGUUCUAGUACUACUGAUUUCAAAGCCCUAGUGCUUGAACUCAUGCCAAAUGGAAGCCUUGACAAAUGGCUAUACUCUAACAAUCAUUUCUUGGAUAUUCUACAAAGAAUCAACAUAAUGAUAGAUGUUGCAUCGGCACUAGAAUACCUCCACUCGGGAUAUUCGACUCCUCUAAUCCAUUGCGACCUAAAACCAAGUAACGUCUUACUAGACAAAGACAUGAUUGCUCAUGUGGGAGAUUUUGGGAUUGCCAAAUUAUUAGGAGAAGGAGAUUCCAUGAAGCAAACAAUGACGCUUGCCACCAUUGGCUAUAUGGCACCAGAGUAUGGAUCAGCAGGAAUUAUUUCCGUGAAAAGUGAUGUCUAUAGUUAUGGUAUUUUAUUAAUGGAAACUUUCACAAGAAAAAAGCCUACAGAUGAAAUUUUUGCUGGAGAAAUGAGCAUGAAGCAUUGGGUGAAAACAUCACUAGGUAAUGGAAUAAUUGGGGCAGGAGAUUCUGGUUUACUUGAAGAAGAUGACAAAUACUUUGUUGUUAAAGCAAAUUGUAUAUCCUCAAUUAUGAAAUUGGCUUUAGAUUGUUCGGCUGAAUUACCUGAAGAUAGGACUGAUAUGGAGAAUGUUCUUUCCAUGCUCAAGAACAUCAAAAGAAAACUUAUGAAUGACAUAGAAGAAGAUUAAUACGGUAAGGAAUACGAUUAAAAGUUGCUAUCAUAAUACGAUAAAUAAUGUUUUGAGGUUUGAUUCUUAUCAGUAAUCUGAUAUGGCAAGUGUUGUGUAAGUAUCAUUUUCAGCUUUCUAUGAUGCCAAUGGCAUGCCUUGACCUUGGAUUGAGAUAACCAUCUCCAAAUUUUCUUUUGUUAGCUAGUUCAAAUUACUUUAUGAUGGCUAGCUGCAACUUACUUUUAUGAUUAUUUCUUAUUUUCUUAAAUUUAAAUAAAUAAUUGAAUUUCAGUUCGACUUAUAAAA